ACCAAAUUAUAAUAAUAAAAUAAAGACUUCAAUGUCUCAAGGAAGUAUAAAUAACCUUCUCCGGUUGCGUAGCACCCAGUGCAAGUUCUUGCCAUCUAUCUCGGCUCAGACGGUCAGUAUAAUUUCAGUGAGGUUCUUAGUUCAUCAGCUUCUCCAGGAGAUUUUUUCCCCCAUUUGCGCGAAGGCGAGAAAAAUUAUGCUCAAAUCAACUCGAGUUUUCCGUUGUAUAUCUCGUGGAGGAAAAUGUGCUGAAGACUUGAAACUGGCUUGUUAUAAUCUUAAAAUCUCAAAUCUAUAGCUCCACAAAAGGGAAGAAAUGCCAUUACUAUUAGGUUUAACAAAAAUAUGUGCUCCGGUAAUGAACGGAAUCAUCGCUCCUUGCAUUGGGGAAGCAUGUGCUCCUUACACCUAUGCAUUACAACUACAGAAACUGAACCAGUUGACAGAGAAACUGACAGCAGCAAAAUCUAAGCUAGCUGAGUUAGUUGGAGAAACAGAUGGGACUGCAGUUCCGAAUAAUGACGCGAUAGAAUGGAGGAAGGAAGCGGAAGUCACCCUGGAAGAGGUAGAUCAAAAUAUAAAGCGCCUAGAAAGAGACAUGGAAGCAACUUGUGCAUGCUGCUUGCCUAACUGUCGUAGGCGUCGGGCUGCAAAGAAGGCGAUUCAAGGAGAACUCGAAAAGGUUGACAAGCUGAUGCGAAAAUAUAUGCCGCUGGUGAAAGGAUAUGAGUGGUCUAGAGAUGAUAUUGUUCUUAAUACAAGAAAGGAUGAUAUAGAAAUGAUAUGGAAGUUUAUAAGCGAAAGGGAUGAUAUCAAAGUCAUAUGCAUUCAUGGAAUUGCAUAUGUAGGCAAGACAGAGGUUGCAAAAGCUGUUUGCAAUAAAGCUUUGCAGGAUAAGCAUGAAAAAUUUGGCUAUGUUGUAUGGGUGGAUGCUAGCUACAAUAUGAUACUCAAGAGUCUCCAAGAAAAGAUCAUGAAGACUUUCAAAAUUGAGAUUGCUGACACGGAUGAUGAUAAAGAUAGAGCUAUAAAGAUCCGCAAUGAGUUUGUUCGGAGGAAAAAAUGUUUGGUGAUUGUUGAUUCCUUAUGGGAGAAUUUCAGCCUUGAAGAUAUUGGAAUCCCGGAGAAAGAAGAGGGAGUACUUUGCAAGGUUAUAUUAACUUCUAGAUCAAAAUUUAUGUGUGGUAGGAUCCCAAAAGACGAAUAUAUUGAAAUCAAACCUCUUUCAGAAGGAUGGAAUUUUUUCCAAGGAACUCUUAAAUAUGACCUUUCUAGUUUAGACGACGAGGUAAAGAAUUUGGUGAUGAAAGCAGUGGAAGCUUGUGCAGGAUUACCAGGAGAAAUCAUCGUGCUGGGACAUCUUAUAAGAGAACUGCAUGGUCAGAGCUCGAAUGAGAUGGUUUCCGCACUUGAGAAAAUAUUGAGUAGCCGAACAACAUCUGAACCUUCAACUAAUACUUAUAGGUUACGAGUUCUGAAACACAGCUACAAGAAGCUAGGAGAAACUGCACAGCUGUGCUUUCUAUAUUGUGCCUUAUAUCCAAAAGGUUUACCAAUUGAAGCAGACCAAUUGAUAGAUAACUGGAUUUGGGAUGGACUGCUAGAGAGGUUUAUCGGAACAUUACAAGAGAAGAGGAAGCAUGGGAGGACUGUGUUGACGACACUUAAAAGUGCGCGUCUUCUAGAGAAAGCAGACUCAGAUGGCGGUACCAGAGAGGCAGUCAAGAUGCUUGGCUUAUUUCAUGAUAUGGCAGUAUACAUUCUGUUUAAACGAGACUUGGGGGUGUUUAUCAAUGCAGGAAAUGAUGUCAUAGAUUUUCCAGCAACGGAUGGUCUUAAUGAUAAGAUACAAAAAGCCUCUUUGAUGUAUAAUAAACUCAGAGUACUGAAAAAUCAACCAAAUUGUCCAGCAUUGUCCACAUUGCUACUCCAGAAUAACCCACUUAAUUUCUGUUCUGAUAGCUUUUUCACCAAAAUCCCAAAUCUUAAACUACUAGAUAUGUCAGACACCAAUAUUUCCGACCUCCCAUCAUCAAUAUGUAACUUGAAAUUCCUUCGAGUUCUUCGUUUACGCAACUGCCAUAAUAUGAGAUUCCUACCUCGCUUGUCCAACCUUGAGGAGCUCAUUGUACUAGACCUUUUCGGAACACCUCUAAAAGAACUUCCCUUAGGGAUGGAAAAAAUGAAAAAACUGAAACGUCUCGACCUUUCUUACACCAAGUUAGCCAAAUUCCAGGCUGGUUUAGUAAGUGCACUAGACAGUUUGGAAGAGUUGUUACUCAUAAUAAAUGAUGCUGAGGCUUACAGUUGGAGAUCGAAACAAACAAGGUCAAGCGCAAAAGAAGCCUAUAUUGAGGAGCUCGCUUGCUUAGACGGCUUAAGGAUUCUGCAAGUAAACUUCUUUAACCAGGAGACAUACAAAGAAUAUGUCAAAGCCAUUCCAAAUGCAAUGCCACCACCUCGUUUCAAGUUCUGUGUAGGCGGCUUCAACACUAACGGAAACUUGGGUGAAAACAGCAUAGCAUUCAUCGACGGGUACCCUGUUGAUCAGCAACUCCCAGAAGGAACCAUGGAGCUAUAUUUGAGUAUGUGCAGGAGCAACUUAAGUCCAAACAACACAUUGGAGAACUCAGGCAUCAAGUUUCAGAACUUAAAAGUCCUCAGUCUGUUUGAUUGUUGCGGCUUAACCUAUCUAUUCUCCUUCGAGAUGUUGCAGUGUCUUCAAAACCUUGAGAAGAUAUAUGUCAGGCAAUGUUGGUCAAUUGUGGGGAUAAUUAAGCCAGCUGAGAAGUCAAAUACUGAUAACCCACAUGCAGUACCCUCAUGCCGUCUUUUAAAAAUACAAGAAUUAGUCUUGAUUAAUUUGCCAAAGCUGAAGAGCAUAUGUCCAGAUCAACAAGAGCUCGACUGGCCUGCCUUUCGUAGGUUCUCUGUGUGGAACUGUAAGAAGCUCAAGACCUUGCCGUUGGUGGUUAGUAAAGCGACUACGAUGAUUAAACUUAGAGGGAGGUCUUUCAAGUUGGAUGACUCACAUAAUUUUGAACGUGAAGAAGCAGAUAUGCCUGAAAACAUAGUUUCUUUUGUGAGCAUGGAGAAACCAGAAUUGUCUCCACAACCGAUGGUAGAAGAUGAAGAAGAUCAAGCAAGAUUUUUCAGGAGAAAGGCAACAGAAAAAUCUCGAACUGCAGCUAUUUUGUCAGAAAAUGAUGGAAAUGCAACCCCUCCUAGUCCUCAGAGCCCUGGCUACAUUGUACGCCGCUUGGAUUCAGCCUCCACUUUGCUCAGGGUCUUGCAGAAACGCAUCGGGGUGGUGUUUAUUAAUUAACCAAUCGGGACUCAGAAGUGAUGGCAUCAGUCGAGGAAUAUGUGCAAGUUCACAAGCAGCAACACCAGCAAAUACGUUUCAUCAACUGUGUAGUUCGCUAAUCAAGUCUAUGAGGGAUUCAUGCAAAUUAGCUGAUUGUUUGUAUCAGUGUUUAUGUCGCUAAGUAAAUGACCUGCUAAUAUUACUAUUCCUUUAUCGGAAAUUAUAUUGUAUGAACCUUCUGUUGA